AUGGCUAUAAACAACUGCCCUGAGGGCAGCAUGAGGAUCCGUCUGACCAGUUUCUCCUUAUUGCUCCUCCACUUGCUUCCUUGUUGGGGGCAACCCCAAGAGGCAGUGCCUGGGUCGUCCGUCUUUCAAUUUACCAGCUCCAUCUAUAAUGCCUCCAUUUAUGAGAACGCUGCAGCUCGGACGUACAUUAGGAGCGAGGUUAAAAUGGGCAUCACUUUGUCCAAGUUGAAUUUCUGGGAUAUAAAGUAUUCCAUUGAAUUUGGAGAUGAUGAGGGGCUGUUUCAGGCUGAGGAAUUCACUCUGGGAGAUUUUUGCUUUCUCCGCAUGCGAACUAAUGGGGACAGCGGAGCCAUCCUGAACCGGGAAGUGCUGGAUAAUUAUACAUUAUCAGUGAAGGCUGUUGGUAAAGAUGGGCUGGAGGCUUAUGUGACGGUCAAUGUGCAAAUUAUGGAUAUGAAUGACCUCCGACCUCUUUUCUCUCCCACUUCUUAUAAUAUUGAUGUUCCAGAAAGUACUCCGUUGGGAACAAACGUUGUUGAGGUUACCGCCACCGAUGCGGACAUCGGAUCCAAUGGCGAGUUUUACUAUUUCUUCAGAGAAGAUGUGGAGGAAUUUACAGUCCACCCAACCAGCGGGGUGGUAUCUGUUAUAGCCAGACCCAAUGCAGACAAGCAAAGCAGAUAUGACAUUGAGGUUUUAGCAGUUGAUCGUCAAAUUCAAGUUUAUGGAAACACAGGCUUAAGUAGUACAGCCAAACUCGUUAUCAACAUUGUGCGUAUAAAUGCAUAUGCACCAACGCUGACUGCGGUCGCCCUUUUUCCUUCAUUAUCCGACAAAGAGCCAAUUUACGCCAUUGUCACCGUCAAGGAUCUAGAUGAGGGAGCUAAUGGAGAGAUUGACUGGGUUGCCAUUAUUGCAGGUGACCCACAGGAGCAGUUCGUCCUUGACAGAGCUCUGCAUAGAAAUGAGUACAAGCUAAAGAUGUCUGAUCCGGUCAACUGGGAUACAUUUCCAUAUGGCUGUGAUCUUACAUUUCAAGCAAAAGACAGAGGAACACCACCUAGGCUCUCCAACUCUGAGACAGUGCAGCUCUUGGUGAAAAAGCCAAAGCUUGUGCAAAUAAGCUUCGAAAAAGAGAUUUACACGACCACACUUAAUGAAGUCGCACCACCAGGGACUAUUAUCGAGACUGUGAGGAUCUCUCCAAAUCCACCUGUUGUCAGCUACAGCCUAGCCCUGACUUUAGAUUCUGUUUAUUUUAAUAUCAAUACACUAACUGGCGUCAUUUCAACAACACAACAGUUUACCACAUUGAGACAAGAGCUGUUCGAAUUAGAGGUGCUGGAGACUGUUAGCGGCAUGACAGCGAAGGUGCAUAUCACCAUAGAGGAUGCAAAUGACAAUGCGCCUGUGUUUACCAGCUCAUCAUUCGAAGUGUUUGUCAAUGAGAGCGUUCCCACCGGCACUGUCAUUCUCGCUGUAUCUGCCGAGGAUGAAGAUAAAGGUGACAACGGAUGCAUAACGUACAGCAUAGCCAGCCUUCAGUCACUCCCGUUUACCAUCGAACAAAACACAGGAGAGCUUAGGAUAUCCCAAGAACUUGAUUUUGAAACUUCUUUGGAUACGUACACAUUUGCCAUCCGGGCCUCCGACUGGGGUUCCCCUUACAGGCGAGAAAGCGAAGUCAAUGUCACGGUGCAAGUGUUGAACAUCAACGACAACCACCCACUUUUCGAGCGCGUUUCAUGUAAAGGUACGAUUGGACGAGAUUUUCCCGCGGGCCAGACUAUUAUUACUAUGUCUGCGAUUGAUAUAGAUGAGCUUGGUAUGGUUAAAUAUAGCAUUCAGUCUGGAAACGAACUAGAUGUCUUUAAUCUCCACCCCGACUCGGGGAUGUUGACUUUGAGAAGACCCCUCUCUGGGAUGAGCGUAAAGAACGAACAUAACUUGAAAAUCGUCGCGUCAGAUGGCGAGCUGCUCUCUGAACCAGCCUUUGUAAAUAUAUCAUUAGUGAGAGGUAGAAUGCCAUCGAGGAGCUUCAGUUGUCAAGACACUAAAGUCGCGCAGAGGUUAGCUGAGAAACUUCUGAAAAAAGCCAACGUUAUUAGUAAAUCCAAAGUGAAGGAGGACUACACGGACCUGUUCUCUGUCAACAGACAGACGCCUCAGUUUAAAUCCUUUCCGUCGGAUAUCACGGUUCUUGAAGACACGCCCGUUGGAGCCAGCAUGCUUCAGGUGAACGCAAAUGAUGGGGACACAGGCUUUAAUGGUCGUGUCCUACAUGCAAUAUCAGAUGGGAAUAUUGACAGCUGUUUCAAUAUUGACAUGGAAAGCGGAUUAAUUUACAUCUACCAGCCGUUGGACCGCGAGAAAACAGACCGGUACCUCCUCAACAUUACGGUGUACGACCAAGGCCUUGUACAGAAAUCUAGCUGGAGGUUGUUGACUGUUAACGUAGAGGAUGCAAAUGAUAACAGCCCAACAUUUUCCCAGGAGAGCUACACGGCUGUCGUACUGGAGAACGCAGACAUUGGCACUGAAGUGAUCCGGGUCACAGCCUCAGAUAAUGAUAUUGGUCAAAAUGGUGAAGUCUCAUACAGCUUGUUAACAAGCACUCCCCAAUUUGCCAUUAACAGCGAAAAUGGCCUUGUUUAUGUUUCUGGCCAAUUGGACAGAGAGUCCGUCUCAGAUUUUGCUCUCAAAAUUGAGGCAAGAGAUAAAGGGGCAAGUGGGAAUCAACUGUUUUCAGAGACAACGCUAAGAGUCUACUUGGAAGAUGUAAAUGACUGUGCCCCUUUGUUUAUUCCCAGGUCAUACAGUUGUCGUGUGUUUGAGGACCUUCCUGUAGGCACUGUCAUAGCCUGGCUGCAAACACAAGAUAAUGAUAUCGGAUCUGGGGGAUGGGCGAGAUACUCGCUUUCCAAUGACUUCAAUGGAACAUUCAAGGUCCACGCAGAAAGCGGAACCAUCAAGUUGGCUAAAGACUUAGAUUAUGAGAAGCAACAGUUCUACAAUGUCUCUGUGGUGGCAGAAGAUCUUGGUUUUCCAGUUAAGCUUGGCUCUGAAUCCUAUCUAGAAGUGGAAGUUAUCGACGUUAAUGAGAACCUCAAUGAGCCAUACUUUACAGAAUUCGCUCUGAGGGGCUCGGUCAAGGAAAACUCCCGCCAUGGAAUGAGUGUACUCCAAGUGACUGCUAAAGAUGAUGACAAAGGGAGAGAUGGAGUCAUCAGAUACUCACUUAAAGCUGGAAGCGGGCUAGGAAGAUUCUCCAUUGAUGAAGAAACAGGAAUAAUUUACACGGCGGGCGCCCUGGACUGUGAGGCUCAAGAUUCCUAUUGGCUAACAGUAUAUGCGACGGACCGAGGGGUGGUGCCGCUUUCCACUGCCGUCGAGGUGUUGAUCCAGGUUGAGGACGUGAACGAUAAUGCCCCGUUGACCUCUGAACCCGUCUACCACCCGUACAUCAUGGAGAACUCGCCCAGAGACGUGUCUGUGGUCCGUAUCCAAGCACAAGAUCCUGAUGUCACCGCCUCAGAUAGCCGUCUGACAUAUCGCAUAACUGCCGGGAAUCCUCAGAACUUCUUUGCCAUCGAAUCCAACACAGGGCUUAUCACCACUACGUCAAGGAAGCUGGACAGAGAGCAACAAGCUGAGCACUUCCUGGAGGUCACUGUUAUGGAUGGAAGUGGUAUCUACAGGCAGUCCACGGUCUGGGUGAUAGUUCACGUCCAGGACGAGAAUGAUAAUAAACCUGAAUUCUCAGACUCCAUAUACCGGAUCAGCCUUCCGGAGCGGGACCGGAACAAACGCGGCGACCCUGUAUACAGAGUGUUUGCCUUUGAUCGUGAUGAAGGGUCCAAUGCGGAUCUCACGUACAGCAUUGUGGAUGGAAAUAAUGAUGGCAAAUUCUUUAUCGAUGGCAAGACGGGCAUGGUGUCGUCCAGGAAGAUGGUCACAGCUGGUGGUUAUGAUAUUCUUAUGAUAAAAGCAGUUGACAAUGGCACCCCUCAGAAGUCGUCGACAGCACGUUUGCAUGUUGAAUGGAUUCGGAAGCCCUUGCCUUCGCCACGAGCCCUGAGAUUCACUGCCCCAGUUUACAACUUCACAGUGGCGGAAAACGCCAAAGUGUACGAGUCAGUUGGAGUGGUACCGGUUCGGCAAACGGAAACUCCUUUGUGGUUUGAUAUCAUUGGUGGAAGAACGUCGCGUGAGAUGUUUUAUAUACCACAGAGCUCCUGUGUUGGAAACUGUUCGUCUGUCACUGGUAACUAUGAUGGCCCUUUUGAUAUUCAGAGAGGGAUGAGGGCUAUUGUAAUAGCCAGACCUUUGGAUGCCGAGACGCAGUCUCUAUACAACAUGACAGUACAGGUGUCAGAUGGGACCAACACAGCAACCGCACAGAUUUAUAUAAAGGUUUUGGACAGCAAUGACAACGCUCCCGUGUUCUCGGAGCGUAUAUAUCAAGUCUCUGUUUCUGAGGAUACGCCGGCCGACACCGAGGUCCUGCGUGUCCGUUCAAAAGACAUGGAUGAACGAGCGAAGCUGAGCUACUCUAUCCAUAGCAGCGUGGAUCCGGCGAGCAUGCGGAUGUUUAGGAUCAAUCCGGGCACUGGCGUUAUGUACACAGCAGAUCGACUGGACUAUGAGACACGCGCUCAGCACAUCCUCACCGUCAUGGUGAAAGAUCAGGAAUUUCCAUAUUACAGAGACUUGACACGAAUUAUUGUGGUUUUGGAGGAUGCCAAUGACCAGUCUCCCAUCUUCACUCGCACCGUUUAUGACAGUACAGUGUUCGAAUCAGCCUCUCUUGGAACAACAGCUUUACAAGUGAUGGCAUUAGACCGAGACUCGGGCAGAAACGGAGAGAUUGUUUACUCGGUUGAUGCAGGCAACACAGGAGGCAUUUUUGGAAUAGAUCCACUGUCCGGCGUCAUCUCCGUGGCCAGAGAGCUAGACCUCACAACUGUCGGCUCCUAUACCCUCACUGUAAGAGCAACAGAUGGAGGUACUCCAGCGUUAAGUAGCACCACCUCUGCGAAGAUUGCAAUCUCACUGUCGGAUUUCUCCAGCCCAAAGUUUGCCCAGCGGGAGUACCAGGCUGAGAUCAGCGAAAACGUGCCUGUCGGAGCUUUCGUCAUAAUGAUCUGUGCGAUUAGCCGAUCCAUGCUAAUUUAUGACAUUGCACAAGGGAAUGAUGAAAAGAGGUUUAAAGUAAAUCGUUACACUGGUGUGAUCACGACACAAAGAGAUUUUGACUUUGAGAUGACCUCUUCCUACAUGCUGGCUGUUCAGGCUGUCAACAUGGCUGGGGUUUCCUCCAGUGUCAAUGUUAGCAUUCUGGUGAUGGAUGAAAACGAUAAUCCUCCGGUUUUUCAGACACUUACAUAUACGGGGACCAUUAGUGAAGCAGCGCCCAUUAAUAGUGUGGUUAUGAGUGAAGAUGGCAAGCCGCUGGUAAUUAAAGCAUCAGAUGCUGAUAAGAAUCAAAACGCCCUUCUGGUUUUCCAGAUUGUGGAGGACACGACUAGAUUCAUCUUCACCGUGGAUUCAGGUACGGGUUCUGUUAGAACCAUUGCUAAUCUAGACUUUGAAAAAUGUAGUGUUUUUUAUUUUUCGGUUAACGUGAGGGACAGCGGUAAACCUCAGCUAACAGCAGGGAAGCCAGCCAAAGUCUUAAUCAAGAUUGUGAACAUCAAUGACUCUCCCCCACAGUUCUCACAAGAAGCUUAUGAAACUAUCUUGCUUCUUCCAACAUAUGUUGGGGUUGAGGCUUUGAGAGUAGAGGCCACCGAUCCAGACAUGAUCACUGAUCUGAUAUAUUCCUUAGCCGAUGGCAACCUGGAGCACUUUGCAAUGGAUCCAUCUUCAGGAGUUAUUACGGUCAAGAACAAUAAAUUGUCUAAAGAUCGCUAUCGUUUCAAUAUUAAAGUAUCAGAUGGGCGUUAUUUUUGCACAGCGCUUGUGACAGUGUUGGUCAAGGAGGCUAUGGACAGCGGUCUCCUUUUCAGUCCGUCUUUGUACUAUUCUUCUGUAUGGGAGAACAGUGUGAAUAUUACUACAGUUAGUAUGAUAAAUGCUGUAGGAAACCGUCUAAAUGAGCCUGUAAAGUACACUCUUUUGAAUGCAGGGACACGCUUUACAAUUCAGCCUACAUCAGGGGUCAUUCAAACCACAGGGGUCCCUUUUGAUCGAGAGCAACAGGAAUUGUAUGAGCUGGUGGUAGAGGCAAGAAGAGAAUACGACCAGUUGCGAGUUGCCAGAGUAACCGUGACUGUAGAAAUUGAGGACGUAAAUGACAACGCCCCUGAUUUUGUGGGCCUACCGUAUUAUGCCGCCGUGCAGGUUGAUGCCGAGCCCGGGUCGUCCGUUUUCAGAGUUUCCGCGACAGAUUUGGACAAAGGGAUAAAUGGAGCCCUGAAUUAUGAGCUUAGGGAGGAACACCCGUACUUUGAGGUGAACAGUCUCACCGGCGAGCUCACACUUAAAAGAGCAUUCGAUGCAGAUUUGUCCAAUGUGGAGUACCUGUUGGUCGUCUUUGCCCGUGACGGAGGUUAUUCCUCCCUCUUCACUGCCGUUGAGCUUCCUGUUAGAGUUGUGAACAAGGCCAUGCCUGUGUUUGAUAAGAUGUUUUAUGGGAUAUCAGUAAGAGAGGAUAUUGCAGUGUCCACUCCCAUUUUAAAUAUCAACGCCACAAGCCCACAGGGUCAAAAUAUCAUAUACACAAUUGUGGAAGGAGAGGCCUCUGUUCAGUUUGACAUUGGUUUUGACAGCGGUGUGAUUAGUGUUAUUUAUCCUUUAGACUAUGAGACCACACAGUACUACAGGUUAACUGUCAGAUCCGUAGACACUCUCACAGGAGCCAGAUCUGAAGUAGAUGUGGACAUAAUCGUGGUGGACGUAAAUGACAACGCCCCUGUAUUUCGAAACUUCUCGUACACAGCCACUUUGGCAGAAAACUCAAUGAUUGGGACCACCGUCACACAGCUCUUGGCGAUGGAUCUAGACUCUGAGAAUAACAAUGCGAUUACGUAUCAGAUCCUCUCGGAUGCUUUUAACAGCUCAGACUACUUCCAAAUUGACAGCAUUAGUGGACUUGUGUCAACAGCUCGUCUUUUAGACUAUGAACUUUCUCAGCGCCACAGCUUUAAAGUUAGAGCAACAGAUAAGGGUUGGCCACCCCAGAGCGUUGAUGUCACAGUUACAGUGUUGUUGAAUGAUGUCAAUGACAAUCCGCCGUCCUUCAUUCAACCUCUGUACGAAGCUUUUGUGAGUGAACUAGCCCCCAAAGGGCACAUCGUGACAUGUGUCCAAGCUUCCGAUGCAGAUAGUUCUGAUGCUGAGAGGUUGAGGUACAGCAUACUCUCAGGGGAUGAGAAAAUGAACUUCAUCAUGGACUCCCAGACAGGCAUCAUCUCCUUGUCAAGCCAGCGCAGACAGGGCAUGCGACCAGCGUACACCCUUAAUGUCUCCGUAUCUGAUGGGGUGUUUACAAGCACCGCACAAGUGAAUGUUCGAGUCUUGGGGACCAACCUUUACAGCCCUGUCUUUAGCCAACGGUUUUACUUGGCAGAGAUCUGUGAGAAUGGCCCUGCAGAGACCAAAGUCAUACAAGUUCGUGCCACAGAUGAGGACUCUGGAAUUUUUGGUCAAAUCGUGUACUCGUUUAUUAACGACCUUGGAAAGAUUCAGUUUAACAUUGGGGCUGAUGGCCUGAUUACUACGGCUCAGAAACUAGACAGGGAGAAUCCCAUAAACAAAGACAUUGUGCUGACAGUAAUGGCUCUUGAUGGAGGAGGAAGAGCGUCCUUCUGCACAGUUCGAGUAAUUUUGACUGAUGAAAAUGAUAAUGCACCAUGUUUUAGGGCUGUGGAGUACAGAGUUAGCAUCAAGGCUAACGUGCCUAUGGGAUCGUUGGUAACUCAAAUCCAAGCUCAAGACCCAGACGCCGGUGACAACGGUAGAGUCAGCUUCUCUUUGUACAGUGAGGCAAGACUACCUUUAGUGGAUGUGUUGGAGAUUGAAUCAGACAGCGGCUGGAUGGUCACGAAAGGAAGCAUGGCUCAUCUCCAAGGAACGGUGCUCUCUUUUUUUGUCAAAGCUACUGAUGGAGGAACCCCGGCCAAACAUUCCCUUGUGUCUGCUUUUAUUCAUGUGCUACCACCUGAUGCUAAUGUUCCCAUCUUCUCCCAGCCCCAGUACUCUUACACAGUCCCUGAAGACACACCAGUUGGGACAGCCUUGGGUUCUGUGUAUCUAAGUCCGGGUCAGACUGGGUUUUUCUCUGUGGUCAGUGGAGAAACCGGCGAGAGUAACCAGGGUGGAACUUUCUUGGUGGAGAGGGAAACUGGGCUUCUACGACUUGUCAACCCCCUGGACUAUGAACUCAUCAACAUCUACCGCUUCAAAGUUUCAGCCACCAUGAGGCAGGCGCUGGUUGAGUCCAUGUCUGUAGUAGACGUCGAAGUAAAAAUUCUUGAUGUAAAUGACAACAAACCAGCAUUUGAAACCAGUUCUUAUGUCGCCAUGGUAAUGGAGGGCAUGCCAAGGGGGACUCGAGUUAUCCAGGUGCGGGCGCUUGAUCCUGAUUGGGGCGCCAAUGGAAAGGUUAUGUACAGCCUUGGACCAACCUUAAAACAAGAGUUGGAAAAAACUAGUGGAUCUAAAUCUGGCAUUGGUGUCAUGUUUGUUAUUGACAGCAAGACCGGUUGGAUUACCACAAUUGGUGAACUGGACCAUGAAAUGUGUCCAUCUUACACAUUCAGCGUUGUAGCCUCGGAUCUUGGUGAGGGCAUAUCGCUUUCCUCCACAGCUGUGGUAACCGUUGCAAUAGCAGACAUCAACGACAACCCCCCCACCUUCGAGAGGGAAUACUACAGGAGUGCCGUGAGAGAGAGUGAUCCGCUGGGAGAGGUGGUGUCUGUGUUAAGCACCCGUGAUGGGGACAGUUCCGAUCAGAAUCGGCUUGUCAGCUUCCAUAUAACAGGAGGAAACCCCAAGGGAGUGUUUGGUCUGGCUCCCGUUCAGGGGGAGUGGAAGGUCUUCGUCAAGCGGCCCUUGGACAGAGAGGAGCAGGAUCGAUAUCUGCUCAAUAUCACAGCCAACGACGGCCUGUUUGUAACCCGCAUAGGCGUUGAGGUCACUGUCAUGGAUGCCAAUGACAACAGCCCCAUUUGCAAUCAGGCUCGGUAUAAAGCUUCAUUUCCAGAGGAUGUGGCUGUUAAUACAGCGAUUUUGAUGGUGGGAGCGAGAGAUCUGGAUACGGGUGUCAAUGCAGAAAUUCAGUACUCUCUGUUUGGCAUUGGCGUUGAAGACUUUUACAUGGAUCCAAAUACAGGUGAACUGAAGACCGCCUCUCUACUGGACCGUGAAAGAAUUGCAGGUUAUAAGUUGAUAGCCCAGGCUACGGAUGGAGGAGGGCUGCUCUGUCGCUCUGAAAUCUCUCUGACCGUUCUGGAUGUUAAUGAUAAUGCACCAUCAUUUUCCUUCACACGCUUCAUGGCGAGUGUAUAUGAGAGUGCUUCACCCAAGGCCUUGCUCACCCGCCUUCAGGCUAAUGAUCCAGAUGAAGGUCUUAACAGGAAGAUCGUGUACUCGCUUGUGGACUCUGCCGGUGGCAUGUUCUCCAUUGACCCGUGCUCUGGUGUAGUGAUCCUGGAAAGGUCUCUGGACAGAGAGGUGCAAGACUCGUAUCAGAUUAGAAUCAAGGCGACUGACCUAGCAGGAGCCACUGGCUCGCUCUCUACCCAGGUGGACCUCACCAUCAUGGUUCUGGAUGUGAACGACAACCCACCAGUGUUUCAGAAACAAGAUUACGCAGUCACGGUGCCUGAAGAUGUUGCUGUAGGAACAGAAGUUCUGCGUGUCUUUGCCACAAGUGAAGACAUUGGAGUGAAUGCAGAGAUCUACUAUAGAUUCUUGUCUGGAAAUGAGCUGGGGAAGUUUUCUAUUAAUGAUUCUACAGGCGUCAUCUCUGUGGCAGAGGAUCUCGACUAUGAGCUCUGCAAAGAUUUCUACCUUAACAUCGAGGCCUUCGAUGGCGGCAACCCUCCCCUGAGAGCCACCGCCGUAAUGACCGCUGAACUCCUGGAUGUGAACGACAACUCGCCAUCGUUCAGCGAGAAUAUCUACAACAUCCUCAUCAGCGAAGACACCUCUGUGGGGGAAACCGUCACGAGGCUGUUCGCGGAAGACCUGGACAGUCCUGCGAACGGCCGGAUCACUUAUUCUAUCCUAAAGGGCGACCGUGAAAACCAGUUUUGGAUCGACCCCAUCAACGGCCUCCUGAAGGUUAACAAGGCUCUGGACAGAGAGAUGGUCUCGCGCUACUCAUUGUCUGUGCAAGCAUUUGACAGCGGCUCACCUGCCAUGUCGACCACUGUGAAUGUCAAUAUCGAGAUUGCCGACGUGAAUGACAAUCCGCCCAUCUUCUCUCCUGCUAAUGCCUCUGCUGUCAUUCAGUUGAACAAGGAGGCGGGAAGCCCCAUCCUAACGCUUUCAGUCUCCGAUAAGGAUUCUUCUAGAAACGGUGCGCCGUUUGAGUUCCGCAUUCUGUCUGGAAAUGAGGACAACGGCUUCAGUUUGGACCAGAAUGGAGAAUUAAGAUCCAACAGAGUCUUUGGUCCAGAUGCAACACGGGAGUAUACGCUUGAGAUACAGGCACGUGACUCCGGCACACCUCGCCUGUCAUCCACGUCCUUCAUCUUUGUACGUGUCAUCGGAGACAGCCUCUUCCAACCUGUGGUCUUCCCUCUGGAAAUCAACAUUGUAAUGGCGGCAGAUGUGUUUCCUGGUGGGAUUAUUGGGAAGAUCUAUGCCACGGAUAGAGACGAGAAUGAUGUUCUGUCUUUUAGUCAGAGGCAGCAAACAAAGAGUCUUUUCAAGAUUAACAGGCAGGAUGGGAAGAUCGUUGCUUUGAACGGUCUGGAACCUGGAAGAUACACACUCAAUGCUACUGUCAGUGACGGGCGGUUUUCCGUGGCGGUGGGCGUGACUGUUCAGGUAGAACAGGCCACAGAUGAGAUGGUGCAGAAUGCUGUUACCCUGCGUUUCCAAGAUCUCUCUCCUGAGGACUUUGUGGGUCUGUACAUGGAAGAUCUCAAGAAGGUGCUCCGCGACAGGCUGAUCGGAGAUACGGCAGGGGUCGCCGUAGGCCCUGAUCCUCUCCACAUUCUUGCCGUUCAGCCUCUGGGCCUAUCCGGUCAGCUAGAGGUCCUCAUUGCCUUUGAAGCUCCCGAAGGAGGUUACUUCGGACCCGGGGAGCUGGCUCUCAAACUGGAUGAGGUAAGAGGUGUGCUGGGAGGAAUGUUAAGGGUGGUCAGCAUUCAGGAUCAAAGCUGCUCAGGGGAGCUUGAGUGUGGGGAACGGGUCUGCGAACUGACCCUGAACCUGGACCCCGUCGGCCUGGUGACCUAUACUACAUCCAGAGUGAGCUUCGUGUCUCCACGCUUUAGCCAGAAAGAAAACUGCAUUUGUCCAGGUGGAAUAUGUCCAUCUUCUCUGGAGCUUUGUGAUGGUCUAAUGUGCCCAUCAGACAUGCAGUGUGUGCGUAGCGGCCCAACAGCCCCCUCGCUCUGCCAGUGUCUGCCCGAUGCACUGGAUCAGUGUGCAGGUCAAAGGUCUCUGAGCUUCCCAGGAAACAGUUACAUCAAAUACAGAGUGACUGGCGGCAACAAGAGCGGAGACAUGAAGCUGAGCUUGAGAAUCAGAACCAUGCAGAGCCGAGGAGUUGUGAUGUACACUCGUGCUGAUCCCUGCACGAUGCUGAAGAUAGAGGAGGGGCGUCUGUGGUUCCAGAUGGACUGUGAUAACAGACUGGACGUCCUUGGCAUCUCGGGUCGUCCGAUCAAUGAUGGUUUCUGGCAUACUGUGACCCUAGAGCUCACAAGUAACUACACCCUCCUUUCCCUGGACGACAGCUAUGUAGAGCGCCGACGCUCUGCUCGGGCCCCGGUCCGCCUUUGGCCCCUGGCUUCGGAUGGAUUGCUGUUCUUUGGUGCUCAGGUGCUGCACGGGCCAGCAGGCGGAGGAGGCCAGAGAUCCCCGUUGGCACGAGAAGGCUUCCAGGGGUGCCUUGAUUCUGUGGUGCUCAAUGGAAAUGAACUUCCUCUUCAGAAUAAGAGGAGUCAGUAUGCUGAGGUGGCAGGGCUUAGUGACGUGAAGCUGGGAUGCGUUUUAUAUCCCGAUCCGUGUAUCGGAGGACCGUGUCUGAACGGAGCUGCUUGUACAAAGCUGCCAUCAGGUGACUUUUCGUGCAGCUGCCUUCCACAGUUCACAGGCUCUCGCUGUGAGAUGGAAGUGACCUCCUGCAUGCCCUCACCGUGCCAGAACGGCGGUGACUGUAAAGCAGUGGGCAACGGCUUCCUCUGUGGCUGCCUCAAGGGCUUCACGGGUCUCAUAUGCGAUGAAGAUGUAAACGAGUGUGAGAGGGAAGAGUGUGAAAACGGAGGAGAGUGCGUGAACAUGUUCGGUGCAUUCUACUGCAACUGCACUCUGGGAUUCGAAGGUCAGUUCUGUGGGCAGCCGUCUUUAGAUGGUCCUGACACUCAAGGCGAGGUGUUGUCGUACAUUGGACCCGUUGAGAUCAUUGGCAUAGGUGUGUUGCUUUUCGUGGUGUUGGUCCUACUGACCCUACUCGCUGCGUUUCGUAAAAAAGUCCUCCGGAAGGACUGGACCCGAGGGGAGUCUGUCGGAAUCUCCACGGAAACCAACUACAUGCUGCAGAAGACGGGCAUGGGAGCUGAGGGCAUCGAGUUCAAAGCCGUUCGUGUCUGCAGCGACCGUCGCACCAGCCUGUACAGGAACGACAGCUCGGGCGGGCCCCCUCAGGUCAUGGUGAGGCCUACGGCUUACACCCUCCCACUCUGCCAGGGAAUCCCUCAGGGGGAGAUGGAGAAGGUGGAGAUGGAGGGGGGCUUGGCCGCACUCUCCUGCCCUCCGCAGAUGAGCACCUUCCAGACAGAUCCGCCGCACAUUCUGGGGAUGCCGAGGAGAGGUGUGGCUGUCUGCAGCGUGGCGCCAAAUCUUCCCACCUCAAUGUCACCCAACCUCUCUGAACGCAGUCCUGUCCGCAAACCUCCAUGGGAAGAAGAAGGGGAAGAGGGUGUUAAUGCAGAGCACGGAGGUUAUGAAGAGGAGCUGUACAGAACAGAGGAUGUUGAAAAUGCAGCAGAUGAGGUCACCUGUUUCUCUGACAGCACCACCAGCGAGGGAUGCUCCCUCGGGUCCUUCCAGUCAGAUUCCUGCGACGACAACGCCUCCAUAGUGACUGUGAUUCGACAUGUAAACAACACUGUGGACACUAUUGAGCAUGAAGUUGCAGAGCUUGGUGACGUACAGCCUCACAAUGCCACAUCGAGCCAACACCUUCGCUGCGAUGAUGAGAUUUGUGUGGAAUUCGUCAAGGAAUAUUUCAUGAAUUCCUACCAAUGGCGGGCAUCUGAGUGGCUUCAUGACACAUGUCUGCCGGGCUUGGAGUCACCACCACGAGACCAGACUCCCACACCACCCCCUCCACCCCUGCCUGCUCCCCCACCACCCUUCACCCCUACACGCUUGGGUGGGACCCCUGCCCGCCUCGGCGCCACCCCUACCCGCCUGGGCGGCAGUGUUCGGUUGGAUGGAAGCACUCUCUCCUCGCAGACCGGCUUUCCUUUACGAAGGUACCAGGGCCGAAGAAAUUUCUCUCCAUCUGUAACGCAAGAUGACAGCAACUCGCCUGUUUACGAGGAGUACCGUGAACACUUUCAUUACGACACCCUCCCUACCGUACAGCCACCGGGCGGAGGCUUGAGCGAGGGACAAUCCACACCUGAGUACAGUCACUCCAGCCAGUACCUGCUCUCUCGACCUCCUCUCUUAGCCUGGGAGGAACGUCCGCACAUUUGGGAGGACAAUCAUCCUUUUGGAAGCCAGCAGGAGAUCAACAGACUUGACAGGAUUUCGCUCCGGGCGCGACGUUUGCGCGGACAGAGCCCAAAGUCAACUUUGCCUGGCAUGAGAGAGUUUUAUUGAUCAAUAACUGUACAGUUUCAGUCCUUAGUCAUACUGGGUGCUUCAUGUACGGAAAAGAGCAGGCCAAAAACGCUGAGACCUGAUAUGUCAAUAAUGGAUUAGAAGGCUUAUUGCUUCUUUUUAUGGAAAAACUGUGACCAUUCUUACUCUGUGAUUUUGAGUAGUUUUGAGCACUCAAUCUCGACUUUGAUCAAGGAGUUUUAGCGUUCUUCAUUGUCAGGGACAGAAAUACAUUCACACCGAGGUCUUCACAGGUCCAAAUAUGUGUGCCCAAACCCAAGACCUUGAAAUGUGCUAAUCGGAAGCAUUUUUUAUUUUAAAGUUGAAACCAGACACGUGCACAACCGAGAAAUGGCAAACCCAGAAAUAACUCACAUCUGUGGGUUAAAAAAAUGUCAAACAUACACCAGAGCAGAAGAGGUUACCUGAACUUGUACAUGGGUAGUUGACAAAUAAAGGGUAAGCGUGCCCUUUAGUGUGACGACAAAAAUUGACCAAAAAACCUGUCAAUAAUACAUACAAUAAUAUGUUAUUUAUAUUUAUAAAAUAAAAAUAGAUUAUUAUAAAAAUAGAGAUUUAUUGUUAGUUUUUUCGGUCACACUAUAGGACACAUUUCUGGAUAUUUGUCAACAACAAACGUGGUCCUCGGUGUAAGCGUGGACCCGUGAAGACCUCUACAGUGAGGAACACAUCCAAAUCUCCUUUCUAAGAGUCAAACAAACAUAAACAUGUUUGAAGCAUUAUGACUAUAUGUCUAUGGAAUUUGCUUUAUCAUGAAUCUUUAAGGUUUGGUAGAAAAUACAGUAACUGGCAGUAAGCACACAUACUGAAAAUGUUUCCAGUGAUGGAAAUCGCACAGGUGCAUCACAGAUGUAAAAGAAGGCCUGUUUAUGUAUUCAUGGUCUUUGUUUUUUCAGAAAUACGUACAUGACAAGAUCAUGUUAGAUCAUGGUUCACAUUGUACAUCUGCCGUUUUAAAUGAGUUUUCAUGUUUAGAAGAAACAUGGUUUCUUAAAUCACAGGACAGCUGUUAGAGCAUCUGUGUUUUAAUGUCUGCUAUUUAUUUUUAUUGUGUAAAUUGAGAGUAAAAGUUUAGGUGUUUGAGCUUAGUUUUGUGUGUAGGUAUUUAUGUCAAAGAAGUAUAUGAUAGUAUUUUAUUAAAGCAAUAAAUCAUACUCUUGGGGGGGUUCUGAAGGACCCUGUGGGUGAUGGCUUGCAUUAAGGCUUAUACAGUAAAUGUUGAU